AUCCACUUCCUGUAGUUCGCAUCAAAUGUAUCUGUACCUGUGACAUAUCAAUGGUCUGCCGAAGACCGAUACCUCCUCUUCGCCGUUUCGUGCUGUUCCCUGGCGCAUGACGUCGGGAUUUUGACUUUCGAAAGUUACGCUAAUUAAUUGCUAUUUUUUAACCUCUCUUCCUAUUAUUUUUUCCCUUCAGCAUCGCCUUCGUUCCCCGAGACUGGCCGGCUCCAAUGUCCGGUCGCUGGUUGCGUCGCGGAAACACGGCUGGGAGUUUGCAACAGCGCUUGCCAUUCACUAAUCCAGAGGCAAGCGACGCAGAGGAGGUGAACUCGGAGAUGACGGGCUCGAUACGCGGACGUCCAGUACCAGGGGCCAGAUCACAGUCUACCACGGGCGGUUAUCUAUCUUCAUCGGUAGGACAACGGCAACCUACCAGAUCAUUCUUUCACUAUGCCUCCCACGGCCAUACUGAGCCUCCUCAAUACGCGUCGCCUGGCGUGAGGGAACAAACGCAAGAGCUUGCAAAUUGGGCAUUGGACGAUUCUGCUAACCCCCGGGCCUUAUCUACAGGCUUCGAUGAUGGAUGGGGUACUGGCUCAGCGAGACGUGGAAGGAAGAGAACAGGCUCAUUCUUUAGCGAAACGGACUCGGCUGAGGCAAGAACUUCUACCGAGUCUACGCGACCCGGGGCAAUUGAAGAGGUGUCCGAACCAGUCUCUCCAGAAGACCACGACGAUACGACCAGAACGGAAGAGACGAACAACACGUCUGCUUUGUCAAGCUUGCUUCGUGACGGCGAGGCACGGAAAAGGCGUUACUUGUCGUUUGGCUCGGGCGGGCGAGAUCAGGACAAUGACGGAAGAAGCGAAGUCAGCAUCGUGGUCGACGACUACGAAACCGGCGAGAUUACGGAGACAUCUGCCCUACUCCCACGAGAACGACUCCCUGCUUCGAAGCGAGUGCCGCUCUACAGACAUACCGAUCCUAAUUUUGCGGAGCAGCAACGCACAUUUCCGAACAAGAGAUGGAGCUGGCUGAAAUUUACGCUUAGGGAAGCUUGGGAGAAAGCCGCACACCCUCGCAGCUGGAACGUUCGGCAGGCGUCACACAUGGCUGUUGGCGCAUUUGCCGCCGUGUUUCUAGGCCUUCUGCUCAACAUUCUAGAUGCGUUAUCGUACGGAAUGAUUCUUUUCCCGCUUGGCGAGGAAAUCUUCGCGAAGACGGGCCCAGAUGGUAUCUCGAUGUUCUAUGUCAGCUGCAUCGUCUCUCAGCUUGUAUAUUCGCUUGGCGGAUCAAGGUUCCAAGGCGGCGUUGGCUCAGAGAUGAUCGAGGUAGUGCCCUUCUUCCACAAGAUGGCGUACAUGAUCUUGGCCAAGGUGGGUGAUGACAAGCCUGACGCGACCAUGGCGACUGUCAUUACCUCUUACGCCUUGAGCUCCAUCCUCACUGGCUUCAUCUUCCUGCUUCUAGGCCUGCUUAGGCUCGGUGACCUCGUAAGCUUUUUCCCACGCAGCAUUCUGCUUGGCUGUAUCGGUGGCGUAGGUGUCUUCCUUAUUCUCACGGGCGUUGAGGUCUCUGCGGGAUUGGACUCGAACAUGGACUGGAAUUUGGAUGUCCUACAGCGGCUAAUGGUGCCAUCUACACUCGUCCUCUGGAUUCUCCCACUCGUUCUAUCCAUCCUGCUUAUGGUUAUACGGCAUUACCUGAGCCACCCUACGGUCAUGCCUGCUUUUUUCAUCAUUGUCGUUGCUAUAUUUUACAUUGUUGUCGCAGCGUUGCCGAAUGUGUCUCUUCUUGAUCUACAGCAGCACGGAUGGGUAUUUGAAGCGCCGGAGGCCGGCGUGCCUUUCUACAAUUUCUACACGUACUAUAAUUUCAAACUUGUGGAUUGGGAAGCGAUCGCUGCGACCCUACCGACGAUGUUUGCUCUCUCGUUCUUUGGAAUCAUACAUGUUCCAAUCAAUGUCCCUGCACUGGGCCUUGCAGUGCAGCAGGAUGAUGUCAACAUCAACCGCGAGCUGUUCGGCCACGGCCUGUCCAAUGCACUCUCAGGGUUCGUCGGCAGCAUACAGAACUACUUGGUAUUCGCCAACAGUCGCUUGUUUAUACAGAAUGGUGGCAACAGCAGAGCAGCGGGCGUGUUGCUCGCUUUUGCUACGUUCGGCGUAUGGGUUGCUGGGCCUGCCAUGAUUGGAUACAUACCAGUUCUGGUAGUUGGCACGUUGAUAUUCAUGCUUGGCAUUGAAAUGGUCCAAGAAGCGCUUUGGGACACGUUUGGAAAACUACACAGACUUGAAUAUCUGAUGGUCCUUGCCAUCACAUUGGUCAUGGGGUUCCACGAUUUCGUCGUCGGCAUCGUCCUAGGCAUUGUUCUCGCCUGUCUUAUCUUCGUCGUCCAAACGUCACGGGUCUCGGCUAUUCGUGCUACGUAUUCUGGUGUAAUUGCAGAGUCUACGGUACGAAGACAUCCGGUUCAACGUCGGUUUCUACACGCUGUAGGAUCGCAGAUCAAGGUCACCAAGCUGUCCGGCUAUCUUUUCUUUGGUACCAUUGUGGCUGUAGAGCGAAGCAUCAAGGCGAUGAUAGAUGAAGAAGCUUUCUCAAAGCAGCCCAUUCGAUACUUGAUUCUGGACUUCGCUCAUGUCGAUGGCCUCGAUUUUUCAGCCGCCGAAGCCUUUGUACGCAUGAACCGAAUACUGAGAGCCAAAGGCGUGGAGAUGGUGCUUUCGGGCGUUUCUCUGGCUGGAGAAACCGGAGAGAGCUUGGCUAUGGUGGGCUUGCUGGAAGACAACGAUGAGAAGAGGCCACCGCCGAGGAUUUUUGAAACGCUUAAUCAAGCUCUUGAAGCAUGCGAGAACGGGCUGUUGGUCGCAUUCAAGAAGCAAAGCGAGAAUAUGACACAACAGAAGAUGAAGGAUAUCACGUCAAUCAGCAUUCCGAGGACGAACUCCCCUGGUGCGGGCGAGACGAUGUACGGUACGCCUAGAAAGCAUCACAUCGAACAGGCCGCGGCAACUGCAUUACAAGAGAGCGGGACAAUGGCAGUGCCCAAGUGGCAGAACUUUGCCCAGCCUUUGCCCCUGAUCAUGCAGACGUUCAAAGACCUCACGGAGAAGGACAUCGAUUUCUGGCACCGCGUCUCGCCCUAUUUUGUGCGCCGAGAGUUUCCCGCAGGCUCGAUCCUGUAUUCGCGCGGCGACGAGCCGGACGGCUUCUACGUCCUCGAAGAGGGCAUCUUGCGAGCAGACUACGACCUCGAGCAGGGCCGGUUCUAUGAGAGCAUUGUCGCGGGGACGACGUGUGGCGAACUGCCGUUCUUCGCCGAAUCUGAGCGUACGGGCACCGUAGUGGCGGAGAAAGACUGCGUCGCGUGGCUCCUGACGAAGCAGAAGUGGAGAGAGAUCGAGGAGAAACUACCAGACGUCGCAAACGAGCUGCUCAAGAUUGGGUUGAAAUUGACAAACGAGAGGAUGAACACCAUCACGUCAUACGUGCUGGUGACUGCCAGCUAGUUAGCUUGCGACGCUCACACGCACGGGCGAACGUGCUUGCACUCGCACUCAUUGAUCGCUUCCGUUCAUCAGCAUGUGCACGAACAGGAGUAAAGUCGGGGAUGCGCAUGGAGAUACCGUGGGCACAUGGGAAAAUAUGAGUCUUGGCAGGAAGCUACAGAGGGACAGCGCUGAAGGGGUGUUGGGAAGGGAACAAAGUUCAGUGCGGCGAACGCGUGGAAAAAGCUACCAGGGUCUUUUUGUACACAUAUUGCUUGAUGGGUGUAGCGCCGAUCAACGACGUGGAUUCGACGGCGUCGGUUAGAGACAGGGCGGGAAACGCCAUGUAUUGAUCAUCGUCCACAUAUCGGAGAAAAGAAGCGGUCAGUGUGUGUUUGUCGCUCGACUGUGAAG